GAGUUGGACUACUGUCAAUCCCCUAUGCACUUUCACAAGGAGGUUGGUUAAGCCUGCUGCUACUCUUCAUUGUAGCCAUGAUCUGUUGCUACACCGGCCUGCUCCUUCAACGGUGCAUGAAAGCCGACCCGAGAAUCCGAACCUAUCCGGACAUCGGCGAGUUCGCAUUUGGCUACUUGGGAAGGAUAUUCGUGUCGGUCUUCAUGUACUUGGAGCUGUACCUCGUCGCGAUCGGGUUCUUGAUACUAGAGGGUGACAACUUGGAUAAGUUGUUCCCCGACACUAAGCUUAUCGUCGGAACUGUCAGCAUCGCGAGUAAGCAGUUGUUUGUCAUGCUAGUUGCGCUUAUAAUCUUGCCGACUACUUGGCUGCGGAGUCUCAGCGUGCUUGCUUAUGUCUCGGCCGGAGGGGUUCUUGCCUCAGUUAUUGUUGUGUUCUCCGUGCUGUGGGCUGCGACGGUUGAUGGGGUUGGAUUCGGUGAAAGAGGGAGGUUCUUGAACUUGAGCAGUCUGCCGACCGCUCUAGGGCUUUACACAUUCUGUUACGGCGGCCAUGCCGUGUUUCCGACGCUAUGCACUUCGAUGAAGGAUAAGAGUAAGUUCUCAAAGGUGUUACUGCUAUGCUUUAUUACAUGCACUCUUAACUACGGAUCGAUGGCAAUUUUGGGCUACCUCAUGUACGGCGACAGUGUAAACUCUCAAGUGACUUUGAAUCUCCCUACAGGAAAGCUUAGCUCGAAGGUAGCAAUAUACACCACACUAAUCAAUCCGUUCUCCAAGUAUGCCUUGAUGAUUGCCCCGGUCGCAACUGCAAUCGAAGAAAGAUUGAUCACGGUCAACAAGAGAUCUCCUACGCUGUUGAUUCGAAGCCUCGUGGUUCUUAGCACCGUGGUUAUAGCCUUAACCAUCCCGUUCUUCGGCUCGCUUAUGGCGCUCAUUGGCUCAUUACUAAGCAUCAUAGUGUCUAUGAUGCUGCCCUGUAUAUGCUACAUCAAGAUAUUUGGCGCGUCACAAGUUCGGAAGGUCGAGCUAGUACUCAUCUCGGGGAUUUUGUUGACGGGUACUUUGGUUGCUAUAACCGGUACUUACGCUUCGCUGAAGGAGAUUAUUCUUCAACUCUGAAUAUUUCUGCAGGAAAUUGUCGAGGCUUCGAAUUGUAUUUCUCAUGUCCUCUGUCAAAGCUGUAUUAUGUAUUUUUUGCUUUUUAAUAAAUGAGAAAAUCAAUCGAAACAAAUUACAUC